GUUUAUCAAACAUCAGUAAUAGCGGCACUUCCGCAUCACUAGUUUGUUGCUGUUGAGUGUGAGAUUGAAAGUUUGUUUUCAGAAUUUGGGUACAGCCAUUCUCUGACUUCUGUGGAAAAACGAGAUGUCGGGUACAAGUUUCUUUCGGGCUCCCUGGUCCUCUGCUGAAAAGUUAGAUGGCAAAACUGUGGUCAUCACUGGUGCCAACGCUGGUAUUGGCAAAGAGACCGCCAUCGACUUGGCGAAGAGAGGGGCAAGGGUCAUCAUGGCAUGCCGCGACAUGGAGAGAGCACAGGCCGCCGCAAAAGAUGUCAUUGAGAGUUCAGGCAACAAAGACGUUGUCUGCAUGAAACUAGACUUGUCAGAUAGCAAGUCGAUAAGAGAAUUCGCUGAAGCCAUCAACCAAGAAGAGCCCAAACUCAACAUCCUCAUCAACAAUGCUGGUGUAAUGGCUUGUCCUUAUGGGAAAACCGCAGAUGGCUUCGAGAUGCAGAUCGGUGUCAAUCACAUGGGUCACUUCCUGUUGACAUAUUUGUUGAUUGACCUGAUUAAGAAAUCGGCACCAGCCAGGAUCGUCACAGUGUCUUCCAUGGCUCACUCCUGGGGCUCCAUCAACCUCGAAGACAUUAACAGUGAGAAGAGAUAUGACAAAUGGAAAGCCUACUCCCAGAGCAAGCUAGCCAAUGUCCUCUUCACUCGCUCUUUGGCUAAGAGACUAGAAGGCACAGGUGUGACGACAUAUUCCCUCCACCCUGGAAUCGUUAAAACAGAAUUAUCGCGUCAUAUGAGUGGCGUUCAAAUGUUUCUCUUAACGAUGCUCAAGCCCAUUAGCAAAAACUCUGUGCAGGGAGCUCAGACCACCAUUUACUGUGCAGUGGAACCAUCAUUGGAGAAAGAGAGCGGUGGAUACUACAGUGACUGUGCUCCUGCCAAUUGCUCAGCGGCCGGUAAAGACGACGACCUGGCGCAGAAGUUGUGGGAGCUGACCUGUCAGCAGCUGUCGAUAACAUGGGAAUGAGGCAUUUAAAAUGAAAUGCUUCACAGUCUGUUGUGUCUGUUUACUAACUGGUAUAAUACAUCUAAUCUCUCUACUGACUGCCAAGAAAUAAUGUGCAAAAGAUUAUCAUUAACGAUAGUUUUCUUAUUGUCAUGUACUUUGCCAACACUUCCUGUAUGCAUUUGUUUUACACACUACCAUACAUAUGUAUUUGUAUAUGGCACUAUUUUUAAUUAAGGGAAUAAUAAUGGAUAUUGGAUAUUUGGCUCAAAAGAAAACCCUUACCAGUUACAAGUUAAAUGUUUCAAAAUGUUUUCCUCCACUUCUGUUUUCUGACACUAAACACAGUGUUGCAUUCUAUGUUUUUGCUUUUGCCUUGAACAUUAUGGAUAUUUCAAUUAAUUGAAUCAAUUGUGGGUAAAGGACUGAACUGAAUGUUUUACUGAUUGAUUAUCCUUGUGACAAUUCAUUUUGUCCCUUAUAAUUAAUGUUGCAGCAUCGAAUCAGUGAUGAAAAGCUAUGAUGGAGGUUUUUGGCACAGGCUCUGCAAAAUAAGUGCUUCCUGCCCUUGGAAUACAGUAUAAACAUUUUUGCCUGCAUCUUACUUCUGGUCUUUCUGAGGAACUGAAAUGAAAUCAUUUCAUGACUUAAAUGCCAUUGGUCCAAAGGUAACUUUGUCACAAUUGUCAUUUAUAGUCAUCAUUUAAUUUAAUUUUAUUAUUCAUUUUAUUAUUUUUUUUAUUUCAUUGUAACAAACCCAAUUUACCCCAGUGAUCAAUAAAGUAUUCUGAUUCUGA